GCAGAGGAUGGACGAGCGUCAGAGAGAAAGAGAAGGUAGAGAACGGGGGUAGCAGGACUUAGCUAACACCAACACUGUCAGCUUGUUUAUCAGAGCCUCAGUGCUGUUAACGGCAUUGAUGCUGCCCUUCCAGCAAAAUUAACGGAGUGUUCAUUUUAAAGUGUGAUUCAACAGACACUUCGUUUAGAGAUUAAAAAAAAGACAAAAAUGUGUUGAGCGGAGAUAGAGAGCAGACAAAAAGGGCAUCUCUGACCGAAUCAGCAGCAGCCACCGCUCGUGUUGUAGUCUGUGUGUGGGACGCCUUCAGUUCAGUAGCACAGAACGAGCUCUGCUGUCGAGCACAACCAGCUGAUUUCUGUCAGUAAAAGCAGCAGAGGGGGAGAAACAGCAGGCUGUCAAAAUGAAAUUCACAGAGCAUCUCUCCGCUCACAUCACGCCGGAGUGGAGGAAACAGUACAUCCAGUAUGAGGCGUUUAAGGAGAUGCUGUAUGCUGCACAGGACCAAGCUCCAUCCAUUGAAGUCACAGACGAUGAUACAGUCAAGAGGUAUUAUGCCAAGUUUGAGGAGAAGUUUCUCCAGACUUGUGAGAAAGAGCUGGCCAAAAUCAAUACCUUCUAUUCUGAAAAGCUGGCUGAGGCUCAGCGACGGUUCGCCACGCUGCAGAAUGAGCUGCAGUCAUCGCUGGACGCCCAGAGGGAGAGCUCUGCCACAGGGCUGGGCCUCAGAAGAAGGAAAACCGUGUUUGCCCUUUCACAGAAGGAGAGAUGCAAACACAGAAACAUUAAGGACCUGCAGCUGGCCUUCUCCGAGUUCUACCUCAGCCUUAUACUGCUGCAGAAUUAUCAGAACUUGAACUUCACAGGAUUCAGGAAGAUUCUCAAGAAGCAUGAUAAGAUUCUGGAAACUACCAAGGGGGCAGAUUGGAGGGUGGCUCAUGUUGAAGUGGCUCCAUUUUAUACAUGCAAGAAGAUCACUCAGCUCAUCUCUGAGACUGAGGCUCUGGUCACAACAGAGCUGGAAGGCGGCGACCGGCAGAAGGCCAUGAAGAGGCUGAGAGUUCCUCCACUGGGAGCUGCACAACCUGCUCCAGCUUGGACCACCUUCAGAGUGGGACUUUACUGUGGAGUAUUCCUCGUCUUGAUUGUCACUGUAGUCAUUACAGGAGCCGUGAAGAUUAGUGAUUCUGACGUCUGGCCUGUGGUCAGGAUCUACAGAGGAGGCUUCCUGCUAAUAGAGUUUCUCUUCCUUUUAGGGAUCAACACCUAUGGCUGGAGGCAGGCAGGAGUUAAUCAUGUCCUCAUAUUUGAACUUAAUCCCAGAAACAAUCUCUCCCACCAACAUCUGUUUGAGAUUGCAGGCCUGUUGGGGGUGCUGUGGUGCGUCAGCUUGCUGUCAAGUCUUUUCUGUGAUAACAUCAGGAUUCCGAUGCAGGCCAACCCUCUGGCUCUUUAUGGCGUCUUCUUCCUGUUUCUCAUCAACCCGUCAAAGACCUGUUACUACAAGUCCCGCUUCUGGCUGCUCAAGCUGCUGAAAGAGAAAAGAGUCAGGCAGGAGACGUUAGACCAGAGGCAGCAGGAGGGCGAUGAUGCAGGGUCUGCUCAGUUCAGAGUGGUGACCGCUCCAUUUCAUCAUGUUGGAUUUGCAGACUUCUGGCUGGCUGACCAGUUAAACUCUCUGGUGGUGGUUCUGAUGGAUCUGGAGUACAUGAUCUGUUUUUACAGCUUAGAGCUGGAGUGGACAAAAGAGAAUGGGUUAUACAGUGACACAGAAAGCGUGUGUAACACCUACUCCUAUGGUGUGCGGGCGGUCAUCAAGUGUCUUCCUGCGUGGUUCCGAUUCGCCCAGUGUCUGCGGCGCUAUCGGGACACCAAGCGGGCCUUUCCUCAUCUGGUUAAUGCUGGGAAAUACUCCACUUCCUUCUUUGUCGUCACUUUCUCCGCCCUGUACAACACACACAAAAACUCUGAACCCGAGCACAAAAUCUACCUGUACUUGUACAUUGCCUGUUUAAUUGUAAGCUCCUGUUAUACACUGAUCUGGGAUCUGAAGAUGGACUGGGGCCUGUUUGACCGAAAUGCAGGAGAGAACACCUUCCUACGGGAGGAGAUAGUCUACCCGCACAAGGCCUAUUAUUAGCAGAUGAUGCUAUAGUGGAGGA